AGCAAACAGUAAGAAAGAGAGAGAGCUGCAGAAUUCCAAAAGAACCCACCCUUUCUACUCUUUCACAUAAAAAGCCUUGGAACCAUUUGGGGAAGGAGCCACCAAAACCAAAACCAUGACAUAGAGACAAACAACCCCUCUCGCUAUCUUCGUCCUAAUGGCAACAACGGUUAUAUUCUUCACCUUCACCUUCACUCUCCUAGCAUUCUUCGCCACUGCCCAAAACGACACCGUCCUAGAGAUUCAAGCCUUAACCUCCUUCAAGCGGAACCUCCAGGACCCUCUCGGCUCCAUGGACGGUUGGGAUCCCUCCACGCCCUCAGCACCCUGCGACUGGCGCGGCAUUCUCUGCCACAACAACCGAGUCCACCAGCUCCGCUUGCCGCGUCUCCAACUCGCGGGUCAACUCGCUCCCUCCCUCUCCAACCUCCUCCACCUCCGCAAACUCAGCCUCCACUCCAACAACCUCAACGCCUCCAUCCCCUCCUCCCUCGCGCAAUGCCUCUUCCUCCGCGCCCUCUACCUCCACAACAACAACCUCUCCGGCCACCUUCCGCCGCCGCUCCUCAAUCUCACCAAUCUCCAAAUCCUCAGCGUCGCCCGCAACCUCCUCUCCGGGAAACUCCCCGGCCACCUCUCCGCCUCCCUCCGCUUCCUCGACCUCUCCUACAACGCCUUCACCGGAGGAAUACCACCCUCCCUCGGAACACUACAGAACCUUCAGUAUCUAUGGCUGGAUUCAAACCGCAUUCACGGAACCCUACCCUCGGCGCUCGCCAACUGUUCCUCUCUGCUGCACCUCACCGCAGAGGAUAACGCCCUCACCGGAGUUCUCCCUCCGACCCUCGGAACUAUGCCGAACCUUCAAGUGCUGUCGCUUUCGCUCAAUCAGUUCUCAGGUUCGGUCCCGGUGUCCGUGUUUUGCAACAGGAACUUAAGAAGCGUGAAGCUCGGCUUUAAUUUCUUCACGGGGCUUUCCGCGCCGCAAAGUGCCGAAUGCGACAGCGUUUUGGAGGUUUUGGAUGUUAAAGAAAAUGGCAUUGCUCACGCGCCGUUUCCCUCGUGGUUGACCCACGCGACAACGCUCAAGGCUCUCGAUCUUUCUGGAAACUUCUUUACCGGUUCUCUGCCGCUCGACAUUGGGAACCUUUCCGCGUUGGAGGAACUGAGAGUGGCCAAUAAUUUGUUAUCUGGCGUUGUUCCGCGUAGCAUUGUAAAUUGUCGGUUGUUGGAGGUUAUUGAUCUUCAGGGGAACCGGUUCUCUGGGUUAAUUCCUGACUUUCUCGGGGAACUGAGGAACCUCAAAGACUUGUCUCUUGCCGGUAACCUUUUUACCGGCUCGGUGCCUUCUAGUUAUGGAACGCUUACUGCGCUGGAGACGCUGAAUUUGAGUGAUAAUAAGUUAAGCGGGGUUGUGCCUGAAGAGAUCAUGCAAUUGGGGAACAUGAGUGCUUUGAAUCUCGGCAAUAACAAGUUUUCGGGUCAAGUUUGGCCCAACAUUGGGGACUUGACCGCUUUACAAGUUCUUAAUUUGAGUGGGUGUGGGUUUUCAGGCAGGGUUCCUGCUACGUUGGGGAGGUUGAUGAGACUCACGGUGUUGGAUUUGAGCAAGCAGAACCUGUCGGGUGAGUUGCCGGUUGAGGUUUUUGGGCUACCGGGCCUGCAAGUUGUGGCGCUUCAAGAGAACCGUUUGAGUGGUGAUGUUCCUGAGGGUUUCAGCAGCGUAGUGAGUCUGCGGUAUCUUAAUCUUAGCUCAAAUGAAUUUGUUGGUCACAUUCCAAUAACUUAUGGGUUCCUUAGUUCUUUAUCGGUUCUCUCUUUGUCUCACAAUGGUGUUUCUGGUGGAAUACCUCCCGAGAUUGGUGGUUGUUCUCAACUUGAAGUUUUGCAGCUAAGGUCAAAUUUUCUAGAGGGUAACAUUCCGGAUCAAAUCUCUCGGCUCUCUCGUUUAAAAGAGCUUAAUUUGGGUCGCAAUAAGUUGAACGGUGAUAUCCCAGAUGAAAUAUCUGAGUGUUCUGCUCUGAGUUCACUCUUGUUGGAUGCUAAUCACUUCACGGGUCAUAUACCAGGUUCCUUGUCCAAGUUAUCAAAAUUGACCGUGUUGAACCUUUCUUCAAAUCUAUUGAACGGCGAAAUUCCGGUUGAACUAUCAAGCAUUUCUGGUUUGGAGUACUUCAAUGUUUCUAGUAAUAAUCUUGAGGGUGAGAUUCCUUUAACGCUUGGCACUACAUUCAACGACCCUUCUGUGUUUGCCAUGAACCAAGGCUUAUGCGGGAAACCCUUGCACAGAGAAUGUGCAAACGUGAGGAGAAAAAAGAGGAGAAGGCUAAUAAUUUUCAUAGGCGUGGCAGUGGCUGGUUUGUGUCUCUUGGCCUUGUGUUGUGGUGGCUACAUUUACAGCCUCUUGAGGUGGCGCAGGAAGCUUCGAGAAGGGGUCACGGGUGAGAAGAAACGGAGCCCCACAACGAGUGUGGGAGGAGAGAGAGGUAGUAGAGGGAGUGGAGAAAACGGAGGAGGGCCAAAACUAGUGAUGUUCAACAAGAAGAUCACGUACGCAGAGACAUUGGAAGCAACGAGAAACUUCGACGAAGAGAACGUGUUGAGCAGGGGAAGAUACGGCCUCGUGUUCAAAGCCUCUUACCAAGAUGGCAUGGUUCUCUCCAUUCGCCGUUUUCUCGAUGGGUUCAUAGACGAGGGUACCUUCCGCAAGGAAGCGGAAUCACUAGGCAAAGUGAAGCACAGAAACUUAACAGUUCUUCGCGGCUACUACGCAGGCCCACCCGAUGUGAGACUUCUUGUGUACGACUACAUGCCCAAUGGAAACCUAGGGACUCUUCUCCAAGAGGCUUCUCAACAAGAUGGGCAUGUGCUGAAUUGGCCAAUGCGUCAUCUCAUUGCACUAGGCAUUGCGCGAGGGCUAGCAUUCCUGCACUCGGUGCCAAUAGUGCAUGGUGAUGUGAAGCCUCAAAAUGUUCUUUUUGACGCAGAUUUUGAGGCCCAUUUGUCUGAAUUUGGGUUGGAGCGGUUGACAAUGGCAGCAGCAUUGGAAGCAUCGUCGUCGUCGACCCCAGUUGGGUCCUUAGGGUAUGUGUCGCCGGAAGCUGUGUCGAGUGGGGUGGCAGCGAAGGAGGGUGAUGUGUAUAGCUUUGGGAUAGUGUUGUUGGAGAUUCUGACGGGGAAGAAACCGGUGAUGUUCACGGAAGAUGAGGACAUAGUGAAGUGGGUGAAGAGGCAAUUGCAAAGGGGCCAAAUAUCGGAGUUGUUGGAGCCAGGGUUGCUUGAGCUAGACCCGGAGUCUUCGGAGUGGGAAGAGUUUUUGUUGGGUGUCAAAGUUGGUCUCCUAUGCACAGCAACGGAUCCUCUUGAUCGACCAUCAAUGUCUGACGUUGUUUUCAUGCUCCAAGGUUGCCGGGUUGGACCGGAGAUUCCAUCGUCAGCAGAUCCCACUACACUACCUUCCCCUGCUUGAUUAAUCAUUUCAGGUUUCAUUUUAAAUUUGUUUUCUAAUUUCUAUCAAUUGAAUUAAAUUAUCAUCAUUUUUGGAGGGGGAUCCAUGGUCUUUUUAAUAAUGGUAUGGUCCUAAUUACUGUUGCGCCAAAAGAAGAAUUCGUGUGUGCCUUUGACCAAACGGCGCCGUUUUCAAUUCGGAUGGUCGAAUUGAUUGUUCGAGACAAAUACAAUGAAAGAAAAUGAUUCGCGCCAAAAGGAGGAGCUAUGCGGCCACGUGUCAAGUCAGGAACAUCCAUGAAAGUAACCGUUAUUAUGACAUGGAGCUUGUAAUGGAUCAGACAAAGGCAUCGAAAAAGUGGAAUGGGACGUCUGAAUUUGUCGGCUUUCAUGUUUUUCCUUUCAUUCUAGGAUUUUUUAUAUAUAAUAGAAAAGGUAAACACAACAUGAUUCCAAAUACUAAUAAAAUUGAUUUGAAUAGAAAACGGAAAGGGUUGGUGGGUGAAUUUCUUUUUAUAAAUAAUGCAACAUAAGUGCAACAAUUUUUUCCCCCGGGUUUUGAUUUUUUUUAAAUAUAUUUCUAUUGAAAUAACGAGUUAGAGGUCAGAACGGCACAUGCAACUAUUUUGGAAUAAUAUUUAACGUGAAGUUUGUUUUAGAGUAUAUGAUUGGCGCCACCUCCACACUCGCACCACCUAGUGUUACUGGGACUCAGUGUGUGUUUGAUUUUUAUAUGUAAAUUUACAUGGAAACUCCUAUUCAUUGCUUCCGGUUAAACAUGAUUUUUCACGUCUCAGCUUUAAUGCAAACACAAGCUCCAUGGUUCGUUUUCGAGCUUCUCUCC